AUGGCGGGUCAAGUAAUAAUUAAUGAAUUCUUGACGUUUGUUCAAAACAAAAUAGAUGUGUUAGACGAAUUGAGUAUAGUGCAAAUUUGUGCCACCAACUUUUUGGAUGCGGAAAUUGAAGCUGGAAAGAGUACUCUGUACAGUGCGUGUGGUGACAAAGUACGUAUUGUACAAAGAAAAGGAGAUGACAAGAAGAAACGCAACAUAAAAGAUGUCAUCAAAUUACUGAAAGAAGUGGACCCUGAUGCACAACCGACUUUCGUUGCCAAAGACCUGAACCGGUUGCCACCGGUCUCUUUUGACUAUGUCGAUGUAACUCGACUUUUAAAAGACAUGACGACCAUGAAGACAGAACUCUCCGAGUUUCAGAUGAGAAUGAGCACGGAAAUAGUUGAUUUGCGCAACUCGUUUGAGCAACAAACGUUUAAGUGCAAGGAGGUUGGUCCGCUGCAUAUAUCGCCCGAUAAAACAAAAUCGCUACCGCUUACGCCCGAACCAUACGCAAAGAAGACAUGCCCGACAAAACCGGUUGAGACGAUGUACACGCCGACGUACAGAGACAUUGUGCAUAAGGCACCGCGCUCUCGACGUGCUAAAACUACCCGUAUUCAUAGUGGUCAGACGGAUGGGGAUCGUGUACUAGUUGAUAGCAGGCUAAAGUUAAAAUCGAAUGAGGUAGUUAAGGGACAAUUACCUGUAUGCGAUGACGAUUUUACUUUAGUUAUGAAUAAGAAACGCAAACAUAAAAUUAAUAACUUGCGAGGGACAUUAGAAAGUUUUGGGAAGAUAAGGGUGGUAGAAUCACAAUGUUCAAUUUAUGUCUCACGAGUUAUGAAGUCUGUUACUGAAGCUGAUAUUAACGACCAUAUUACGGACAGGGGCGAACAAUGUAGUAAGGUCGAAUUGCUUAAGCAGUUCCAAGAAACAUCGUUCAACUCAUUUAAAGUAACCAUACCUACCAGUAAAUUAGAGACAUUCCUGAAUCCCAACUUUUGGCCCGCUGGACUGGUUUACCGUCGUUAUCGAGAACGCAGAUUUCCCACCGUCUUUAAAUAA